AUGGCCAGGGUAGGCGAGAGAGCAAGGGCAGGCGCCCCGGCAGAGGGCGCGCGGUCGCCCUCUGCCCCGCCAGGGUCAGGCGCCCCCUCCCCCGCGCCCUGGCCGAACGGCCGGGCUAUUUUUACGCGUGGACACCGGACACCAGGCUGGGGCGGCGGCGGCGGCAGCCGAGGCGGGCGGCGGCCGGCGCACGUGCCGCUCGACGUCUUCCUGGAGGAGGUGGCCUUUUACGGGCUCGGCGCGGCGGCGCUGGCGCGCCUGCGCGAGGACGAGGGCUGCCCCAUGCCGCCCGAGCGUCCCCUGCCCCGCCGCGCCUUCGCGCGCCAGCUCUGGCUGCUCUUCGAGUUCCCCGAGAGUUCGCAGGCCGCGCGCGUACUCGCCGUCGUCUCCGUGCUCGUCAUCCUUGUCUCCAUAGUCGUCUUCUGCCUCGAGACGCUGCCCGACUUCCGCAACGACCGCGACAACCCGGGGCUCGCUGCGGUGGCGGCUGCUGGCCCGUUCCCCGCUCGUCUGAAUGGCUCCAGCCCAGUGCCUGGAACCCUGUCCCGCAUGCCCUUCGAUGACCCGUUCUUUGUGGUGGAGACGUUGUGCAUCUGUUGGUUCUCCUUUGAGCUACUGGUGCGCCUGGCGGCCUGCCCAAGCAAGGCGGCCUUUUUCAAGAACGUGAUGAACCUCAUCGAUUUUGUGGCCAUCCUACCAUACUUUGUGGCGCUCGGCACUGAGCUUGCCAGGCAACGGGGCGUGGGCCAGCCGGCCAUGUCACUGGCCAUACUACGAGUCAUCCGACUGGUGCGUGUCUUCCGAAUCUUCAAGCUGUCCCGGCACUCAAAGGGCCUGCAGAUCUUGGGCCAGACACUGCGGGCCUCCAUGCGUGAGCUGGGUCUCCUCAUCUUCUUCCUCUUCAUCGGCGUGGUUCUCUUCUCCAGUGCGGUCUACUUUGCAGAGGCCGACCGGGAAGAUUCCCAUUUCACCAGCAUCCCUGAGUCGUUUUGGUGGGCGGUGGUCACCAUGACCACAGUUGGCUAUGGAGACAUGGCACCUGUCACUGUGGGCGGCAAGAUAGUGGGCUCUCUGUGUGCCAUCGCCGGCGUGCUGACCAUUUCCCUGCCCGUGCCGGUCAUUGUCUCCAACUUCAGCUACUUUUACCACCGGGAGACAGAAGGCGAAGAGGCUGGGAUGUACAGCCAUGUGGACACGCAGCCCUGUGGCCCACUGGAGGGCAAGGUCAAUGGGGGGUUGGUGGAUGGAGAGAUGCCUGAGCUCCCACCUCCACUCUGGGCCCCCCCUGGGAAACACAUGGUCACCGAAGUGUGA